UUAUUCCGCCAGGACAUGAAUGCAGCACUCAGCACAUCGACCAGUUUGUAUAGGUUUGUUCUGUAUUUUGCUGGGGCGGAGAGUAAGCUGGGCAGAGAGCUAGAAAGUUCGUACCGCUUGUGUGCAGUUGUAGGCUACAACAAGGUGAUCAACAAGUUGCUUUUUAACCACCUGGCAGUAGUGAGAGAAUACACGAUCCCAUCAUACCAUCCAAGGAUUUAUCAUAGCAUGAGAUGUGAAGCACAGACUAUGCCUUCCAGGAAAACUGUGAUAAGUGCUUCAAGCGGCUUGUGGAUGAAGUCCCUGAAACAUCUGGUGGUUUUCUCCUCUCUGUGUUGUUUGAUAUCUGGAUACUCUGAGAGAGAGAGAGUACAUGACUUGAUGUCCAGAUAUCCUCUUAUUGAUGGUCAUAAUGACCUAGCUCUCCAGCUGAGGAUACUUCACAACAAUCAGCUGAGCCAAAUUGACCUUUAUAAUGUUAGCAAAGUGGCCACCGACAUCACCCGUCUCCAAGCAGGCCAUGUACAGGCACAGAUGUUUGCAGUCUAUGUACUGUGUGGGGCCCAGGAGAAGGAUGCCGUGAGGCUGACUCUGGAACAAAUAGAUGUGGUCAGACGCAUGUGCACUGAGUACCAGGACUUUGAGCUGGUCACAUCUGCUCAGGAGCUCAGGAAUUCUGAAAUGAAGCAUAAGAUAGCCUGUCUAAUAAGUAUUGAGGGGGGCCACUCUAUUGACAGUAGCCUGCCAGCCCUGCGGAUGUUUUAUCAGCUCGGGGUCCGCUCCAUGACCCUCACACAUACCUGCAAUACACCCUGGGCGGAAUCAUCCUCAAAAAUUUAUAACAUCUAUCAAAGACAGAACAACAGCCUGACACACUUUGGGAAGGCCGUGGUGGAGGAGAUGAACAGACUGGGAAUGAUUGUGGACCUCUCCCACACUUCUUGGGACACAGCCUGGGCCGCACUGAAGCAUUCCAAGGCUCCUGUUAUUUUUAGCCAUUCAUCUUCCUUUUCUAUCUGUAGCCAUGGCCGUAACGUACCUGACUGGUUGCUGCAUGAUCUGAAAAAGAAACAGGGGUUGAUCAUGGUGAAUCUCCACAGCAAAUUCAUAUCCUGCAGUGAUGAAGCAAACAUCUCUCGUGUGGCUGACCAUUUUGAUCACAUAAAGAAUGUGAUUGGAGCUGAGUCGAUAGGAAUUGGAGGGGACUUUGAAGGUGCUGUGAGCUUUCCUCAGGGGCUAGAAGAUGUGUCAAAGUACCCUGCCCUAAUCCAGGAACUCCUGCAAAGGAACUGGACCGAGAAUGAGUUGGCAGAUGUCCUUCGAAGGAACUUCCUGCGCGUGUUCGAGGAGGUGGAAAGGGUCAGAGAUCGGUUGAGUUUGAACCGGCCCAGCGAGGUCCAGAUCUCCGUAAAGGAAGUGCAGAACCCGUGCAGGCUGGUCCUCAGACCUCCUGAUCCAAGAAGGCCUUCUGACAUGAGUCCCUCCUCCAGAGCCCAAAAUGGACCAAAAGGUCUGCUAAUCCUGGUCAUACCUCUGAUGCUUUCCAGCCUACUUAUGAUUGAAUGAAUGUGUAGAAACUCAGUUCAGCUACUUCUUUUUUAAAGUGCAUCAUUUUUCUUAUAUAAAUAAGGAGAGCUUAAUGAGUUUGAUGUAGCCAUUUGCAGGUUAUCCUAGCGCUCCACAGGUCAGUAAAGAUAAGGGGUGAAUCACUUUCUGUACAAUACAAAAAAAGCAUUCAAUGUGUAGCCCCAUUUGGGAGGCAGUUUAAGUGCCAACCUCUGUAUAUACAGUGUGCUUUACAUAUAAAUUAGUGUCCAGUCCUCUGAAAGGCACUUUACCAUACAUUUUUUGAACGUAUUUAUUACAUUUAAUUUGUUGCUGAAUUAGUUGUACCUGUGCUGAAAUUAUCACUAUGAAACAUAUGACAUUAAGGAAAGAAUAAUGACACUGAUUAAUAAAACUGCAGAGAUGGCACUUUUAAGUUUUUGAAAUCUCUCUUUUUAAUUUUUGUUUGUUAAGGGUUUUUGUAUCUAUUGUUGACCAGUGAGCAGGUGGUGAGGUCACUAGGCGCGUAUAGCUUAGGUAAACAGUUUAGCUACACUGCAGUUAAAUGUACAAUGUUGCAUUAUGCUCAUAUUAAUAUCACACUAACUAUUUAUUUCUAUAAUAUUACUUUAAGGUAUUUUAUGAGGCUCUUCAACAAAAUAGUACAGGGGGAGCAGUUUAUAAAUGGAUGUUCUUUUUAUUUGAUCUUACAGCAUAAUAAAAUAUUAUAGAGGUUUACAAAACAUAGUGUGUAUUUUAGUGUGAGCUAUUCUGCCCUUUGGCCGAACAGAAAACUGUUGCACAUAGAAUUAACAAACACAAUCUUAAACUUAGAACAGUAGAACAAAGCAACAGUGUGAAAACAUUCCCUUGGUGAGAUUCAGAUUUAUGUAUUGCCAACUAAGUGUAUAGGAAUUUACUUUGGUAAACUCAUUUUGAUGUGAACUUCUACACCAUAUACAUGAUUUAAAGUGCUCAUAUUAUGCUCAUUCUCAGGCUCAUAAUUGUAUUUAGUAGUAGGUUGUACCAGAAUAGGUUUACAUGGUUUAAUUUUCAAAAAACACCAUAUUUUUGUUGUACUGCACAUUGCUGCAGCUCCUCUUUUCACCCUGUGUGUUGAAUUCUCCGUUUUAGCUACCAAGUAGGUCUUCCCACUUCUGUUCAAUCUUUGUUGGGAGUCGCACAUGCGCAGUAACUAGGUCAGCACUACAAGUUAGUCAGAAGCUGAGUUUGAGGUCGUGCCACCAUAGCAGCUAGGUGAGCAUUAUAACGUGUGUUACAAAGUGAUGCACGUUCGUCACGGAAGUAAAGGCUGGACUACAGUAGAGCUCGAGAGUAAGUAAGUAGCUGCAAGAGUUUGUUGAAGUUUGUGAACAGUGUUUUCUGUUGGAGAUGGUAAGUCCCUUUUGGGGUGGACUUUGAGGUUUUUCACUUUGUAAACCUAUAACAUGCACAAGAAAGAUAUAUAACACAAAAAAGGAAAGGGAAAAAGCCAAAAAGCAUAAUAUGAGCACUUUAAACAUAACCACUACGUAAUAGCCUCAUCACCCUUAAAAAAAUAAAUACUCAUAGCUUCUCUAAAAUAUUGCCUGUUUUUAUUAAAGUGAAGGGAAUACCAGGAGCAUUCUUAGCAUUGUGAAAUACAUUUUUAAUAACUGCACAGCUUGUCAUGGUUGAUCCCUUACAAAUAAAACACUCUUAGCUUGUACAGAUCGUUUAGUCUACAUACAGUUGUUCUCUACACUGCAUUCUGGACUGAAAUACUUAUCAUAAUCAACUUCUUAUAAAA